GUGUACCCAAAAAGCAUGGAAAGUGGGAGAGAAUCUAGAAAUUGUGAAAUAAAAAAUAAAAAAUUUGUAAAAAAGAUCAUAUCUUUCAAUUCCUCGAUAACACAGAAAAGAAAAAAUGAAAAAAAAAAUUACAUUAAUUGCAAAACAAAACUAUAGGUGAAGCAAAGUCUGAUAGAAUAAUGAAUUAGACCAAAAGUUGACAAAUUUGAAGUCAUUGUUGUUGUUAAGAGAGAGGUUUUUUUUUUUUUUUUUUUUUUUCUUAUUUAGAGAAGAUCUCUUUUCUGCGGUGUGGGAUCUCUCUAUUUUCUCUUAUCAGAUACUGGCCCAGCAGAUCUGAAUUUUCCUUAUUUUUUUUGUUCUAGGCUACCCAUGAUCUGAACUCUUUUUUCUUCAAUGGCUGGUUUUUCAGAUACCCAAUUCAUUGUUUAGGCUCAACAAGCUCUUUGUUUCUAUAUUUUUGGUUCAUUUAGAUCAUGGGUUGUUCCAGUUUUUUUUUUGUACUUUUUUCUGUGCUGCUACAGUGAAUUGUCAGGAAACAUGUUGGAUUCCUUGUGGUUGUCAUUUUCUGGAUAAUUUGAUGAUUUUAUAGAGCAGUUUCUGAUAAGAGGGGUGGCAAAGAAGAUAAUUAUGAGGUUUAUAGCUGCAUUUCUCAUUCUUGAUUUGAGGAUUUAAACCUCCUGAGGAAUAAUCUACAAUUAUCUGUUGGAAUGUGCCCUUCUCGUUUUCCUUGAUUUUUUUUGGUACAAAGAGGCCGGAGCUUGUGAUAGAGGAAGGGCUCACAGGAAUGGGAACUGAAGUACAUUCAAACAUGCAGCUUCGUGGAUACUAUUCCUUGAGGAAUCUAAAUGGCAAUACUGGCAAUGUUGGCUGGCCUUUACAGCAUGAAAGUAGAAACUCAGGGCAGUACAAUGACUUAUUCCUGUCAAGGCUGGCAAUGGGGGAUGAUAAUAAGGAACAAAUAAGGCAAACUAUCUUGAAGCAUGAUUCGAUAUUGAGGCAUCAGCUCCAUGAACUUCAUCGUCUUUACAGAAUACAGCGGGACAUGAUGAAUGAAAUCAAGAGCAAAGAAGGAAAAAAACAUUUGAUUCCUGUGGCUACAUCACAGUCAAAUCCUUUUUCAUCUGGCUUUACGUCUGAAGAUGAACAAAAGAGGUGCCGUGCUUCUGAAUCACAUUUGUUGGACUUAAACCGUUUUAGACCAUCCACGUCUGAUCCACAUAACAUCCAGUCUCAGUUUAAUCCCUUGCAAGGGAAUGUUGUACAAUCUGGUUGCUGUUUGACUCAAAAUGGUUUAAAGUUAAAAAACUGUGAAACAUUGGAGUCUCAACGCAACACAGUUCAGAGCAGAUUGUUCGACCUUGAAUGUCCGGUCGAGGAAUAUAUUAACAAUAAAGAUGUAGGUCAAGGAGUUUCUGCAGUGUCAGGAUUGGAAAGUUACCAUUUAAAAAGGAGUUAUGAGGUUCCCCGUGAGAGGGAUGGGAAUUUAUCCAUGCACUACAAUAGAAAUUAUAGUUGUAAUGGUGAAGCUACCAGUUUCAAGUUAAAUUUAAAGGGAACUCAUGGUUUCACCGAUUUGAAUGAACCUACCCUGGUUGAAGAAGCAUCUAUUUCAGCUUGUGCUGGCAUUCUAGGUAACAUUACUUGCUCCAAAGAGGAGGUUCAAAGGAAGGACCUAUCAUCAAUAUCACACUCACAUCUAGACUUCCACCAAUGGGCUACAGAAUUUUGCCAGGAACCCCAUAAAGCAAGAGAGAGAGGGAUUAGUCUUAACAAUUUGCAUUCGGAGGCUGAAAGGAGGCAAAAUGGAUGGUUCUCUAAUAGACUUGAAAAUGGACAAACUAGAAGCAAUGGAAGUUUUCAUCUUGAAGAUUUGAAUACCCCGUGUAAAUCAGUACAAGUUGAAACUACCAAGGCCCAUUCUGCAAUGUUUCUGUUAUUUGAUCAGAAUAAGAUAGAGACAUGUAGAAAACGAAAAAUUUUUGGCGUAGAAAUACCUGAAAAGAGUAAUGCUACGUCUGCUGUUGCAUCACAUGCACUUGAUCCACUGCCUGUUCGUUCUUGGUCAGAUUCAGCCAAUUCUGGGCUCCUCUCUUGUUCAAGUUGGACUAAAUUUUCUGGUAACUUGAGCAAGAAUCUAGUAGGAAACCCUGGCUCUAGGACCUAUGUCCAACUUAAUGCUAGUUCAACAGCUUUGGGGCAGGGUCAUGACAUUAUCAGGGGCAAGUUGCUUGUUGACAGCAAUUCAAGAUCUCUUCAAAGUUUUAGAGCUGAGGUAUCGCCCCAAAAUGACUUUCACUUUGGCUGUUCAUCUGAUUCCAAGGAAUCAUGUGGUUGCUGUCCAUCGGUUGGCUUCUGCAACCAAAAUGGCAUCAGUGAGAGUAAAUUUGCUUCUGAACAAUCUGCUCAACAUGGUCCUAAAAUUAGCUUUAAACUUUUACCAUGGAUGGAGGCAAAGUCUGCAGUAUCUCAAAAUAUGGGUGCAAUGGCUGUGGACCAGAAUGAAGAAAUUUCUCAUUCUAACUUUGUUUCUGUUAAUGGAUCAAUAAAGCAGAACUCAAAUGGAGGAUUGUCAUGGUUAAGAGCCAAAAGACCAUGUAAUGAGAAACCUAUCAAAGAAGUUGAAGAUUCAUGUCAAAUGAAUUUGGAUUCCUCGCAAAACUUCUCUCACCAAUUUAUUGACAAAACUGCAAUGAGAAUCCAAGAUUCCUUGUUGGCAACUUGCGUUGAUGAUGUGAAGCACAGGAAAAGUGAUACUAAUAAAUCUUCAAGCAGCACAAAGCUUCUUGGGUUCUCCGUUUCUGAAAAUAUAUGCAGAGAUCUGCCUUCGCCCAACUGCCCCUUAAAACCGGGUUCUCCUGCUUCUGCAAUUGAUGGUGUUAACUUUGUUAUGACUCAGGGUCCUCUGCCAUCCAAAUAUGGACAGCAAUGUCUAGUUGAGGGUCUGGUUGCAGAGAAGAGAUCGGUUAAUCAGAAUGCUGAUAUCGGAUGCAUUGAUUUGAAUUUGUGCGUUAUUGAAGAAGGGAUAGAAGAAGAUGUUCAAUCAGCAUCCAAUGCUAUGAGAACCAAUGUGAGGAUUGCCAAUAUAGAUUUGGAGAUGCCAGUGACCAUUGAAAUGGGAACUAAGGUUGCUUCUGGUUGUGAAUCUCUUGAAAGCAACCUUACAAAACCUUCUAACUUGCUACAUGAUGAAAUCAGUGAGUCUCAGGGAUGUUUAAGCGUUUCUGCAGCAGCUGAGGCACUGGUUGCCAUAUCAUCAUCCUCUUUGACUAAUCUUCAGCAGAAGGCCGGCUCUCACGAUUUGGAAAUAUCAACAAGUGAUUCCCUUCAUUGGUUUGCAGAGAUAGUUAAUUCCUGCUGGAGUGAUACUGAGAAUUAUGUUGGAUCAGCCAAUGGUGCAUGCCUUGACUACUCAAUAGCUGAUGGGAUUGAUACCUUUGAGUUCAUGACAUUAAAUUUGACAGAAACCAAAGUAGAGGAGUGUUGUUAUAACCCUCAAGUUCAAGAGAACAAAAAAAGUAAAGACACACUUCUGAGACGGCCACGGAGAGGACAAGCACGGCGAGGAAGGCAGCGGAAGGACUUUCAGAGAGAUGUACUCCCCAGUCUUACUUCUCUGUCGAGAAAUGAAGUGACUGAGGAUUUUCAGAUGAUUGAAGGGCUAAUUAGAGCAAUUGGUGGAAACUGGCAGUCAAGUUUGACACAGAAGAAUAAUGCUAAGGGUAGUACAGGAAGGGGAAAGAAGCGUGCUGGGGGAUCUACUCCUCCCGCCAUGACUGAAGACUGUUCAAACCAGUUUGAGCAAAUGAAAACGGGACUUGAAGAAAGCAGCCUAACAGGAUGGGGAAAGAGGACCAGGCGUCCGCCACGUCUGAGAUGCCUGAUUAGCAGCCCUCCUCUAGCUAUAAAAUAAUGAAAGAAAGAUCAGUUUGUCAUUUCAGAGUGAACUGGAAGUUCUUCUCAUGGCUUUGCUAGUCAGGUUUUCCAGGCCAGAGAAAUCCACAUUGUACAUGUUUCUUCUCAUUUUCCCCUUUAACCAUAUUUCGGUGGUUUUCUCAUAUAGUUAAGUAUCCUUAGUCCUGAUUGACUUGUAUAAUUCUUCAUAAUAAGUUGCAUUGUCUCCCAACCAGAAAAGGAAAACAAGGACUGAAAAUUUUCAAUGUAGAAUGUAAAAUAUUCUAAAGGAUUUUGUUUGAGAGUGUGCAAGAACUGUUCCAUGCCUUAACAAUUAAAGAGCUAACGCUUAUCUUCUGUUCUUGGCUGAUCAACUUUAUUUGUCUGUCUAUAAAAUUUGGUAUGAUGUUGUAAAGCUUUCAGGCUCCUCCAUGGCAUUGCAUUCACCACUUGUUUUGAUCCUGUUUCCAUGCAAUUGCAAAACAAAAACUGUUAAUUUAGAUGGAUAGGAUAUGGAUAGGAUCUUCAUGCUUAAGUAUGCAGGUCAUAUUAAGAAGUGGGCGUUUUUGCUUUGGUUAAGGUGGUUAAGGCAGCUCCCAUCUACAUUUGUUGAUUGUCAAAAUCCAAUUGAAAUUAUAAAGUUAAAGCCUUCUAAACCAA